AAGUGGGCGGCCGCGCGGCCCGGCGAGGGUCAGUACGCCGGGGCCGAACCUGCAGUGGGAUCCCGCGCCAGCCAGGCUGAGGGCGUGAGAAGGCUCGGAGGCGAGCUCGAAGUGGGAGCCCGGCGCCCGUGGUGGGAGGAGAAACCCAGCGACACCGGGUCGGGAGCUGGAGCUGUGUGAAGAUGGCGGGACCGGAGCUGCUGCUCGACUCCAACAUCCGCCUCUGGGUGGUCCUGCCCAUCGUGAUCAUCACCUUCUUCGUGGGCAUGAUCCGCCACUACGUGUCCAUCCUGCUGCAGAGCGACAAAAAGCUCACCCAGGAACAAGUCUCCGACAGUCAAGUCCUAAUUCGAAGCAGAGUCCUCAGGGAAAAUGGAAAAUACAUUCCCAAACAGUCUUUCCUGACACGAAAAUAUUAUUUCAACAACCCAGAGGAUGGAUUUUUCAAAAAAACUAAAAGGAAGGUAGUACCUCCUUCUCCUAUGACUGGUAUGUUUAUUCUUUUUUCUCUGUGUAUAUAUUUAUCCCACUUUAUGUUUAACAGAUUAGUGCAUGUUUCUUUUGAGAUUUUUAGGUCACAGCUCAGUUUGAGUUCCUGCUUCUUAAGCAAUAGAGAAGCUAGUAUUCAAGGAAGAGUGACAUUGGAUGUAUUUCUCCAGAAAGUGACAAAUUUCCUUGUGGAAAUCUUUUGCCAAACUCUGUACGGUCCGGAGUUCCCACCUCUUCAGGGAAAGAAUAGAUGCAUUCACAAUUUUACUCUUCUAAAAAUAAAGAAGCUGGGACUGAUUAUGAACUUUUCUUUCUUUGCAGCCAAGGUCCCAUUUCCACUGACCCUCCGUUUUAAGCCGAUGCUACAGCAAGGAAUUGAAUUACUCACAUUAGAUGCAUCCUGGGUGAGUUCUGCAUCCUGGUAUUUCCUCAAUGUCUUUGGACUUCGGAGCAUUUACUCUCUGAUUUUGGGCCAAGAUAAUGCCGCUGACCAAUCACGGAUGAUGCAGGAGCAGAUGACUGGAGCAGCCAUGGCCAUGCCCGCAGACACCAACAAAGCUUUCAAGACAGAGUGGGAAGCCUUGGAGCUGACAGAUCACCAGUGGGCCCUAGAUGAUGUCGAAGAGGAACUCAUGGCCAAAGACCUCCACUUCGAAGGCAUGUUCAAAAAGGAAUUACAGACCUCUAUUUUUUGAAGACCAAGCAGGAAUUAGCUGUGUCAGGAACUCGGAGUAGCGCUUAACCUUGUAACUUUCGUUUGAGCAGGAGCCUCUCGGAAUAAAAAGGAGGAUGCAUGAGCUGGCGGAUGUGCAGCAAGGAUCAUUCUUGUCUGAGCCGGUUCCCCUUUAUGUAUGAAACUAGAGGAAACACAAGGAGUGUGUGCUGGGUGACUUACCCAGAAACAGCUAUUUUUAAAAUGUUUUAAAUUUUCCAUCUGGUGACUCUAGUAAUGAAAGUCAGAGAAAGGGGGAAAACUCAAGCUAGUGAUAAUAUAUAAAACUUAGCAAAAAUACAGUCUUUGGAAAAGGAGUUUUCAAUUAUACCUAAUUAUUAUGUGUAGUCAGCCUGACUUCUAACCACAGUAGACUCCUUUUUUCUUGGGAUCCAAACACCCUGCAUUUUACCUUUAAUUUUUUGUUAGUAUUUUUAUAACUUUCUUUACACAAAUAAUACAUUUUCAUUACAGAAAAUUUAAGAACUAUGGAUGAGCAAAAAGUGAAGCUCCCUAUAUUCAUUUUGAGCCUACAGAAUGACAUAAAAAGCAAAUGUGUCAAAACCUUAUUCAGAUAAAUCUUUUUCAGAGUGAAUACCCAGGGCCAGGACAGACUUAGGAAACCUUCGCUAUCUCAUAAUACUGUCCAGUGAAAAUCAGUGACUGUGAGACACUGCCGGAUUCUCAAGUGCCUUUGGGAUCAUUAAAGACAGGUUAAAUAAUGUGAGGUCUUGAUCUGGAGGUCAGAAUACAUCAAAUCCAUUGACAAAUCAAUGGUGCUAUACUGUAUAUGGCUGCUCAGUUGAAUGAAAGCAUUUCCUAGUCAUUCUGCAUAAGAGAGUUUACGUAUCACUGUAAGAAGUGAGAGAGGGCGAUUGCUGGCAGACACAUAGUUAAGGGUUGCCCAGGAAGAAUUUUGUCUGGGUUAAUUCCCAGGAAAGUGGCAGGGUGCCAUUUCUGUACCAACAGGUGAAUGUAAUUUGCAUGUUGAACGCUGUAAUCAAGAACAAACAACUCUUGACUCUACAAAUUAAACCAUCCUGUUUUCUCUUCUUUGCCUGUAAAAA